UGAGUUUUUACAUAUGGGUUAUUAAAAAGUUUAAUAAUUUGAAGAAAGAUUAGAGAUAUGAUCAUUUUAUAUCUUGGGUUUUUUUUUCUUGAAGUUUGAGCUCAAGAGAUAGAAAAAGAUACUAUGAUUUUUAGUUUCUUUGAGGGGCUUCUGUGCUUUGAGAUAACUUCAUUGAGAUCUGGUCAUUGGUGGGGCAUUUCCAUUUUUCAUCAACAAUUUGUGCUUUGUUUUGCUUAAUAUGCAAGUGUAAGUCGACAAGAGAGUUUCUAGGACAAGUAUACCGUGGUUUGGGAAACCCAGGCCAUGCCUGGCGAGCCAAGUUCCGGGUUUGUUAAACCCAGUCCCUGCCAUGAACCUCUUGCGAUCAACCUGCAACCUCCUAAACUUGUUUAUAAACCGGGUUUCCCAAACCCAGUCCCUGCCUUUCAUCUCCUGCAACAAGUCCAUAGGUGCACCGUGCAUGCAUUUUCAAUCUAAAGGCCGGGUUUUCCAAACCGGGUCGUUGGUUCGUUAGACAUGCCCAGGUUUCCCAAACCCAGAUCGUGAAUAUAUAAAUGGGGCAAGAUAUAGAGCUGGAUUUCGAGAAGUAUUGUGUGGUAGAUGGAAGUCCUAAAACAGUUCUAUCUCCUCGUCAUUCAAAAAUCGAAAAGAAAAAGGUUAGAAAAAAACCCAAAUGCAUAAAUGAAGUAAUGCUGAGUCAAAACAAGGAAUUUAGGGAAAUAAGCUUAAAUCGAUACCGUAGUGCGUCAUGUAGAGAUGUUCGAUCAACUAGAUUUCGAGUCAGUGAAACUCAUAAAAGGGGUUCUGUGUAUCAAAGUUCCCAUGAAGUAGGUAAAAUGAAUCAGACUGGUGAAGAAAAAUAUGUAGAAAGAAAAAAGAUCGAACUUUCAAGAAGUGAUGGUCUCUUGCCCAGAGAAAUAUUUGAUUCCUUGUGCGGUCCGAAUGAGGAUUUGAGUUCAUUUUUAGAAGUGUCUUUAGAUUUGAACACUGCACAAGACGAUCAACCUGCUGCUUCUACCCCUUUGCACAAAUCAUUAUCUUCUAGAUUGGAACAACCUCAUUCCCCUACCAAAUUAGAGACCGAUUCAUCCAAAACUAGUAGUCCCAAGACUCGUUUCACCCCUUUCAAAAAGAUGUUUGACCCGUUUGUGAAGUCAAAGUCUCAGAAGAAUCAGAACAUUACCUCCAGGAAAUCGUUAAUAGAUGGUUUUACAAACACAGACUAUGAUUCUAAGUUUCUCAAGAAAGAUUCUUGUAGCUCGAUUGUGUCAACAUCUUGUUCCCCGUCUACUCACUUGAAUGGGGUAUUAAAGCUCGGGAACAAGAAUCGAAUGCCUUACUUUGAGUUCUUAGUACAGAAUCCUUUUGAUGUUUUGGUGGCAAAAACACAAAAAGGGGGAGAUGGCUGCAACUGGGUCUAUACAUUUUACACAGUUCAACAUAAACGAAAGAUCAGCGGUAAAGAUAACAACAGAAAAGAUCUUACAACAGUUGGCCAGAUGAGAGUUUCCUGUUAUUUAUGUACAGAAUUAGUUAAUGCAGGAGCUUUUGAUAACAUUAUGGUCACCGAGUUUGUAUUGUAUGAUCUUGCACGUCCAAGAAAAUUUGCUUCUCAUACACCCGAUGGCGUAACUUCAAAAGAAAUCUAUGCUGAGGAAACUUGUCGAUCAAAUGAGUCAAUGGACCAGUUAAAGGUCAAUGUAGAUAAGAAAUAUGUAGCAGAUUUGCAUCCAGACCUUGAAACCGCAGCCAUUGUUAUACAGUUCCCUUCUGAGAAAAGAGAGAGCUUGAAAUGCAACCGUGAGGAUAUUAAGAAUGAUGGUUUAUUUAAUUUAUCUAAAACGAAGCUAGAGAAAUAUGAAGCAGCAACAGUGAGUGUGGUGAUCCCUUCAGCAAACCAUGGUUUGCCAAGUGAUGGAAGUCGUGGACCCUCUCCAUUACUUGAUCGAUGGAGACUAUGUGGCGGUUGUGAUUGUGGAGGAUGGGAUAUGGGGUGCCCUCUUAUUGUUCUUGGCAACCUCAAUGUCCAGAAAGAGGACACAUGUAAGGAGCCGGUCAAACUCUUCCUAAAGGGAACGAAAGAGAAGAUACCUGCAUUGAUCAUGAAAAUGAGUGGAGAGGGACAGUAUGCAGUUGAAUUCCAUGCUCAGUUGACCUCACUACAGGCGUUUUCCAUCUGUAUAGCUAUCUUGCACAGUACAGAAGGGUCGAUUAUUGUUGCCCAAGAUAGCGAUAGAGAAAUGUUACAGUGUGAUUCUUUGAGAGUCUUUGCUGAGGAUGAAGUCAAACAUUUAAUUGAGGCUGUGGUCGAAGAGGACAAAAGAAAACCAGCCAAAAAUGAAAUCCCGCCUUCAUUUUUGGUCAAUCCACCGUUUUCUCCAAUGUCACGGGUGUGAUUGUAAAGGAUAUCUUUGGUUCUCUCAAAAAUCUUACUUUUUUCAAAGCUUGAUACGUAACAGCAUGCUCGUCUAAUUCUAUGCGAAGUGCUUGUUUAGAUCCACACGGUUCGAAUUUAAGACACGAAGUCAGCAUAUAUAAAUGUAAGUUUAGGUUUGGUGUUAGACUAGAGGUAUAGUUGAAAAAGAAAUCAGGCAGAUACUUAUGUCGUAUUUUAGUGAUUUUUUUUGUUUUUGUUCUUACUUAUGUAGGUCAUGUGAGAGCUCAGUAGUAGCAAAUCUAGUCCCUAAAUCAUCUAGAAUUUCUUUAGUUUUAGAAUGAAAAUUUUGUAUCUUUAGAACAAUAAUGUUCAUCCAUUCACUUGUAGACUUUACUAAACGAGGCUUGAUUUCAAUGUACUAUACAAAGAUUUAUCAUUUGUA